ACUAAUUUCGUGAGAAUGAGAUUCAUGUAUUCGCGUAUGGAAUCUUGCUUAGUGGGGCCUGCGCUUGGUUAAUGUUCGGCCUUAAAAUAGCAGCUUCUUAUUCACAUCUUUCACAGGGCCCUCUAAAUACGGAGCCUGUUUUGAUUGCUAACAUAAAGUAUAGCUAAGUUUAAAGACGACGCAUUGAAUCGUAGAUCAUAUAUUAUUUGUUAAAAAUUGAUUCGGAAUCAUUUUCUCAGCAUAGAUUAAUUGAGAGACUUUCCUAAGGUAUGCGAAAGAUAACGAGUUUUCGAAAAUAACAUUAACCCAUUUUAGAUGAACGUUCAACGGUUUUUGGAAUCAGGACGAGUUAAUAAAAAAAAGGGAAAUCUAAUUUAACGAGAGGAAUUAAAAUGUUAUUUUUCUACGCUUGUUUGUGUGCACUUUCUCACUGUUUUAUUUUUCCGGAAUGAUUUAAUUCCUGGAAUUAAAUUAGAUCAAACAAUGAUUUUUAUCUUAGAAACAACGCCUAGUAAAUAAGAAAUUUGUAUUCUUGAAGGACUUUGAACAUCGUUAAUCCCCUCGAUAGCGAAAAUUCCGCUUUGUCUUGUGUUUAUCUCUAAAUUUCUAUCCUAGUUCCUACCAAUAAAUACAUUUCUUUGUAUGUAAUUUAUGCGAGUUGGUGUGUAUGACGUAGGCUUAAACAGAGGUUUAAAAACAGUUUGCAGUCGGAUGAAGAGAUAAACCGAUAAAAGUUUCGUAUCUCGAGUCGAUUGUCUCUUCCAACUCUCACGCCAUGGAUUUAAAAUGUCCUGAGGUAAAAACGAUGGCCGAAGAUGGCGAAAUUCCAGAGCCAGAUCGGUUGGAAAAGGAGGAAGAAGAAGCUUCGGAAGACGUCUCUAACGAGAAAAUGUCCGACCAGGACUUGAUUACUUUUGGAGGAGACGAAGCUCGUGAAACGGGCGAUGAUGCUCCGGAUACGGAAACGAUUGCCGUCGACGAGACAGAACCCGAAAGUUCAAAUUCGACGGAAGUUGCCGAUAAGAUGGAAGUGGGAUCUAAUGUGGUGUCUACUGCCUCUAUCGACCUUAGCGUUGUGGAAACGUCGAAACCCAAGGAAGAAACUAGCGAAGAAGUUAGUGUUGAAUUCGAGCAGCUAAAUCUGAGUCCAGAAAUUCGCCGCGAAACUGAUGCUCCAAUUAUAGAAGCCCGUCGAGAAGCGGAAGUCAAGGAAAAGAAGGGAUCUAAACGUCCUCCUAACAAUCACGCGGCGGAAAGCAAGAUUGCUAUGGAGAUUCGCGAGAUGCGAAAAAGAGAAGAAGAAUUGAGGCAGAUGCGAGAACAGGCUGCCUCUCGUUCCAAACCGCAAGAAACUGUCAACGAGUCCAUUCAGUCGGAUGGAUCUACCAAAUCCGAAGACUUUCUGGAAGACGAUGGAGGAUCCACCAACAAUGUUAAUUUCCACGCCAAGAACAGCAUGACGCGAGCAGUCUCUUUGGAUUCUUUGCACGUCGGACAGACUUACAAUAUCGGUUACGCCUUCUGUCACAGAAGAAAGGAUCGAAUCAAGGUUAAACCUUUGGAGGACGGAGAUGACGAACGGGAUAGUUCUAAGUAUCGUGCUCUUAAAGAGUCGCCGAUAGAGAGAGAGAUCAGAUUGGCACGGGAAAGGGAAGAAGAACUGAAGAGAGAAAAAGGACUGAUUCGAAAUGGUGAAGUGAAGGAAAAGCCGAAAAAACUCGAGGAACCGAUUAAAAUGCCGGAAAGUCCCGUAACCGGCAACGAUACGCAACGUUUGUUAGCCACGACGAGAAUCCAACAAGAAAUCGAAGAACAGACUAGACGCGAGAUGGCCCUGCGCGAAUCUGGUCACAUCCAGACUAUAUCCCAAGAAAGAACGGACUCCAAGGUGACUAGAAUCAGAGAGGCUGGCAAUUGCACGCCGGACGGAGCAGAUCGCAAACAAUCUCCAUCUCCAACAGUAGAGAUCUACGAAAAGACUAAUGGGCAUGCCCUCAAUGGCAAAUCUCCCUCGCCCACUUCUAGUAGCUCAUCGGCCAACAAUAUCCCCGUCGGUCGAAAAGUAGGUAAUCCUCCUCCUCCGGGCAGGGGCAUCAGCAUGCGCAGGUUCAUCAAAAGCAAGGGCAAGGACAUAGGCUUCACCGCAUUUUCUGGCGGAAAUUAUUACAACGAGAGCCCCAAUUCGGAUUAUUACGAGAUUCGACCACCACAAGUGAGGAAAAUUAAUGGGCACAUGGCUUCCAUGGUAUCUAGGAGAUCAACCACGGCAGAAUCGAAAAUACAAGAAGAACUGAAAGAAAUGAAAGCUAGGGAAGAUGAACUCAGAAGACAGAGGGCUCGACUUCUAGGUCUGUCGCAACCCAACCUCAGCUCCCUGGUAUCUGAUGAAGAUCUGUUAGUUACCAAUGGUGACUCUGAAGAAACUCAUCUGGAUAGAUCCAACAGCAAUCCCAACCUUUUGGAUGAGAACGAUAAUCACGAUUCGGUCGUGUCGAACGUCAGACGUAAGAGCGCACUGAUAGCACAAUGGGAGCAGCGAAUACAGAAAGCGGAAGCCAAGUCUUAAGAGCAUCUCUUCAUAUUGCACGGAGCUACUCCGGAUCCGUCCGACGACAAUUUAUUUGUUGUUUAAAAAACAUCGGAAGGAAAGAUUUUAUUAUUUUUUCAUACGGAUUAUUUUAAAAUGCUUCUAAAUUUCCAUAUUAUCUCUCGAAAAAUCGAAGAAUAUCCGAGAGUUUGUUGAAGUUUCGCGAGGGUACCACCACCAGAUCGAGUGUAUACUUACGUUAAACAUCGAUCUGUAACGUUAAAACUAUGGAAUAACAAUUACGCCGCUCCGAUCGAUCGCUACUUGGAUCGAGAAAGUUAUAAGAAAAAGUCUAGUAAAUGCUAACGAUCCUGCAAAGUGCAGAAAAUCGAAAUGUAAAAGUGUGUAGGGUUUCCACCCGUUCGAUCUCUUUUAUUAUUAUUUAAAUGAUUUAGUUAUUUAUAAACAUGCCGUUUAAAUAUAUUUUUCUGCAACCAGUACUUGGAGGAUCUGUUCGAUCGGAGCUAUCCGCUAUCCGUGAAUAAAAAUGGAAGAAACUCUAAUCCGGUGUUCUAUUGUUAAUUCCGGCCAUACA